AUAAUUUUAAUCUAUAUUUUAAUAAAAUACUACAUUGCAAACAAAAUAAGAAAUCAACAUAUUUUUUUAUCGGUUUUAACUACUGCUUUAGCUGGUGAUAUUCCAACCGAUUUUUAUCCUAUAUCGGUUGGACUGGGUUGUACUAACUGCCAUCCCAGUGGUUUUGACAACCAUGCUACAAAGGUUCCUCUGUGGUCAUAGUUGUCAUCCCAAAGCUCUGGAGGAAUUUUCACAGGAAUAGUGGUAACAAUAACUUAGAUUACUUUCGUGUAUUCAUCAAAUACAUAUCAUAUUUAAAUAAGUGUGACAAAUUGACAUCUUUUUAUAUUUUUUUAAGGCCUGGUGCAUUCACUCACCAUAAACACAUUGAAAAACAUUUCUACGGUGAGCUAUGGUCAUUGAUAGGGGUGUGCAAAUGGAGUGGUUAUUAUGACACUGUUUUCUCCCCCCGCUACCAAGACGAAGAGAUCCAUUCGUCGGAGCCCGAUAACAAACGUCAUUUCAAACGUCUUUUUUGGCCAGUCAAACCAUCUAUUGAUGGUUUUGGAUUUUGUGUCUCUGUGAUGCAAGUGGAUGGAACAUUCCUUACCGGGAAGUACAAGGGUUGUCUCCUGAUUUCCAAUGGAGCGGAUGCAAACAAACAAGCAUUUCCUUUAGCCUUCGCCAUUGUUGAGGAGGAGAAUACCGAAAGCUAUGCAUGGUUCUUCAGACAAAUACACCUCCACGUCGCUAUGAGGACCAACUUGACAAUCAUCUCUGAUCGCCACGUCGGGAUCAGAGCUCCCAUCUUAGGGUUGGAUUCAAACUAGAAGUGGUCCCAGAGGUGUUCAUACGACACUUCAAAAGCAAUUGGAACCAUCAUGUCAAGCAGAAGAAGCAUGCUGAUAAUAUAUGGUGGACCGGUUAUCGGUAUACCGUUCACGACGUGGGAGCACUCGAUUACCGAUACCAAUUUGUAACCGGUUAACCGGUUACCGAAUACCCGGUUACUAGUUAUACUGAUGACACGCCAAAACACAACACCAAACUGCGACCAAGUGUAAUCGCAGUCCGGGAAUCCAGUAAAGUGGCAAGUCCUAUUAUCAACCCGGGGUCUAGAUCUACUGCUUACUCCGUGAUUAUCUAUUAUCUAGCCAACUAAGUCAAGUGAUUGUUGUUUUAAGCAAAAGCAGAAAGAAAGCAGGAAUUGGUACGGUUUUCUCAAGCAAAGAAGAGUCACUCGGGAAUGAGUCCCCCUAGCUCCUUAGUUAGGUCUCAAUUGUAAUUACCCUGGGUUGAUUUACUGUUGAUUAGACUGCGGAAGAUCCGACAGUAGCUUGGAAUCUCUUAAACUGACCAAGCCCUCUCAGUCUAACUACCUGGCAGACGACUAGUCUUCAUCGGGAUAGAAAGCUGAAGCAAUAAGCACAAAACUCCACUAUUGGAAUUGGAUUCCAGUACAAAGCAGUAAACUGGCUAACUCUCGUAUAGCCAAUCUCCUACUACCGAAUGAAGAAGCUCUAACAACCUAAUCAUAUUCUAUCUAUCUCAGGUUGCAGCAGAAAUCAAGAAAAGCUAAUCAGACUUCAAUCAAUUCAAUAAAACAUCCAUCAUUCGAUUAAAACCAAACACUAUAAUCAUCCCAAGUCAUUACAAUCAAAUCCCUAACACAUGGAACUAGGGUUCUUCAUACCCAAGUGAGAGAAGGGUUCUACUCCAUAGAGAGAGAGAGGAAAACAGAAUACAAAGCAGUCAUAAUCAUAACAAUGGGAAGAAUCUGCUAUGGGAUGAUGAUUUCCACUCCUAUGACGAUCUCCAAGCUCGAUUUGAUGAAACCUAGCUCCAAGAUAGCUUCUAGGAUGUGUUCUUCGUACUUUCUCUCUCUAGGGCUCUAUUUUUGCUCUGAAAAUCCGAUUCCCUCACUUGUGGCCCGAAAUUGGGUAAAAACCAGAAAAUCCCGAUCACACAGGCAGGCCACACGGCCGUGUGGCAUACCCAGUUGCCCGUGUGAGGUCAAAACGCCGCGUUCCGAUUAUGUGGGUUUCAGGCUUCCUGCACGGCCAGGGGCACACGGCCGUGUGGCAUGCACAGUCUGCCCGUGUGAAGCCUCGCAAUAUCCCACACGGCCACAUUUCUCCUUCACACGGCCGUGUGAGAUUUAUUCCUGCCCGUGUGAAGGCUCGCACAAUCCCACACGGCCACAUUGGUCACUUGCACGGCCGUGUGGGUUUUGUGUGUGCCCAUGUGGCUUCCUCAGCGACUUGCCUCGCGCCCGAUCUUCGUCCAAUCGACCCCGAACUCGCUCCUAAACCUUCAUUCACUUACUAGGGCCUGAAAUAUCACAAGCAAGCACAACCUAGCGAGAAAUCGGCCUAAAACACGAGAAUUAUCAUCUCAAACGGCUCUAGAAUAGGGGUAAAAACAUGUGCAAUUAACAGUUUAUCAACCGACUAACCGCGAGACCCACCCUCUCCUCUCUUUCUCAUUCCCGCUACCAGACUCUCUCUCUCCCCAACCCUCCCCAGACCUCCUCUCUCUCUCUUUCACCUCUCCCCAGUCCCCAACCCCUCUUAGACCUCCUCUCUUUCUCGAUUUCCUCUCAUCAGAGCCGUCCCAUGAUAUUUGGAGGCCUUGUUCGAAAAUUUAACAUGUGACUCCUAAUUUUUUUCUCAAUAAAUUUAUUAAAAAAUUAUAAAGUACAUAAGUUCAUAAAAUAAUUUCAAAAUGAAUAAACAAUCUCACUUCCUGUUUGACCAAGAAACCAAGCCCAAAUUCUCACUCCUAGCAGGGAGGGAGAAAAGUAAAUCUGGAGGGAACAAAAAAUGGAUAUAGAGCAAAAAUUGAAUGGGGAAAUGAAAAUAAUAUAAAUUGAUCGAGAGGUGGGUGUGGGUCUAUCUAAUGAAUCGUGUAGGCCCUAUUCCAAAAUUGAGACAUGAUCCAAAUUGACUUUUAACUAUAAUAAAACUAAAAUGAUUAUAAUACCAUUAUUCAAAAUGUAAUAUCUUUCUUUAUUGUUUAAAUUAAAAUUAUCUAUUAUCUCUCUCAUUUUCGUAUUCUCCAUGAGAUCUUUUUCAAUGGUUAUUAUAGCUAAAAUUAUCUAUCAAUCAUACACUAAAAAAACAACCUGCAAUAUUCGAUCGGUAACUAACGAAUCUAAGUGGAGGCCCCUAAUAUUCGGAGGCCCUGUGCCGGAGGGCGGGCUGGCACACCCUCUUGGCCGGCCCUGCCUCUCAUCUACCCAACCCGACUCCAAUCGCCGCCCACCGCUUGAUGUCACCUUCCUCUCUCGAUUCAAAUCCAGAUCUCCAGCCGACACGACAGUUCCUCCGCCAUCUCAAGCUUCCCCAACCUGAUUGGUGGCCUUUUCUGAGUCACGAAUCAGCGGCGGCGGCAAGGAGAAAGAGGAGAUGGGUGAGGCGACAACCAUCCCGCCGCCAUCUCGUUGUAGCCCUCCCCUCGCUCCUGCCGCUCCCACCAGAUCUGGAAAGAUUGAGUUUUCCUUCUCUAGUCCACGUGCUCAGAUCUGGAAAGAUCAAACCUCUACUUCGGCUCUUCGACAACGAAUCGACGACGGCGCAUCCUUGGAAGGCGAGGUCGCGAACUGGGUCGAAUAGAGGUAGAGCGGUGGAGAGGGAGCCGGGGUCGGAGAGGGAAGGCGAGGUUGCGGAGAGGUGGAGGCGGCGUCGGCGUUGGACAGGGAGAAGGGUUGGGGUGGAAUUUGAGCGAAGGGAGGCUGUCGGACAGGGAGAAGGGUGGUUGGAUCGAUAGAUUUGUUUAGGGUUUCUGUCACUCCACUCCACCCCUCGAUGCCGGUAUCAGUAUACCGGGAAACCGUCGGUAUUUACCGAUAGAGGAGCCGGUAUACCAAAAUCCUUCGAGACACUGCCGAAUACCAAUACAUCCCGGUUAUCGGUACGGUUAUCGGUUAAACCGAUAACCGGGAAACCGAUUACCACCCCUAACAAUGCGCCACUUUCUUAGACGCUUUAUAAGGAGAUGCAUGCCUAAGGAAAUGGGGUCUUAAGCGAUUAUCUACAAGGUUGUCGCAUGUUGUUUGCCCAACCCACCUUAUUAUUAAGGCAAAAUACACUUUCAUAGCCAUAACUAUUCGCGUUGUGACAAAUAUAGCCACUUUUUGAAAAAUACACUCGUAUAGCCAUUCCGUCCAAAACUUUAACGACAACAUCUUAAAUGCUGAUUGUACUAACGUUUUCUGAAGACGUGGCACUUUUUUGUUUAAAUCAAUCCUAGAUGGAAAG